UCGCUUCAAGUUCAACUGGAUUCUCUCAUAACAGCCAGUUUCUCUCCUCACCCUUACAUACACACAUCUGUUUUAAAUUCUUCAAACUAAAAUGUUUCGUGUGUAUCAACAGUAUUUUACUUGUGUGUUAAACCGCUUUGGUGGUAGGUGAAACCAGGUUGAAACACAAAUAGACCAAUCAGACAGAGGUUAGCACUUGGGUAUAAAACUAUGGCGGUUGACGUCGACACGUCUGCCGUAGUGUUGAACUCGAGAGCCCGUUAAAUCACUCAAGGUGUUUCGGAACGUGUGGGAUGAGCUCUGAAUUACAGCAGAUAAGUCUCCAGGUCGUUUUGUUUGGUAGAACAGAAUGUCUGAUGUGAAUGUCCUCCCCACUGGGAAUGGAAACCCACCCCCACCAGAAGUCCUAAAUCCCAACAAGCUUGGUCGUUUAACCAAUCAGCUCUUGUUUCUGGAGAAGGUAGUGAUGAAAGCUUUGUGGAAUCAUCAGUAUUCCUGGCCUUUUCACCAUCCCGUUGAUGCUGUAUCGUUGGGCCUCCCAGAUUAUUAUACAAUUAUUACAAACCCCAUGGAUCUGAGCACCAUCAAGAAAAGACUUCAGAACAGAUAUUACUGGGAAGCAAUGGAAUGUAUAACAGACUUUAGCACCAUGUUCACAAACUGCUAUACAUACAACAAGCCAGGAAAUGACAUCAUCAUCAUGGCACAGACCUUAGAGAAGUUUUUUUUGCAGAAACUGUCUCAAAUGCCAAAGGAAGAGUCUGUUACCACUGUCGCCACCGUGGAGCCAGCAAAAGGGAAAAAGGCAACAGCAGCAGGUGCAGUAAAGCAGAGAUCUCUGGCAUCAGAAGUCAUUCUCCAGCAGACGGUCACAGUCGUUCCCCUUGAUCAGAUCAACCAGCCCAGCCAGCUGUCUGAACAAACCACAGUGACCAUUAAAAAAGGCUUGAAGAGGAAAGCUGAUGCUGCCAUCCCCACAACCUCGGCCGUCAACAACAGUGGGGUAUCUGCUGGGGAGGAACAUUCAGCGUCUUGCACAUUGUUCUCCAGGAGAGGCAAUGGGCGGCCCAUCAAACCUCCCAAGAAGGAUUUGCCCGUGUGUGAGGGCAAGAGGGACAAACUGCCUGAGCAGCUAGAACACUGUGACCGUAUUCUGAAGGAGAUGGUUUCUAAGAGGCACAGCACAUAUGCCUGGCCCUUUUAUUUGCCAGUGGAUACGGUUGCUUUGGGCUUGCAUGACUACCACGACAUCAUCAAACAGCCUAUGGACCUGAGCACCAUCAGGAUUAAGAUGGAUCAACGCGUCUACGCUAACGCCAAGGAAUUUGCUUCUGAUAUCCGACUAAUGUUCUCCAACUGUUACAAGUACAACCCACCGUCACAUGAAGUGGUCUACAUGGCAAUACAGUUGCAGGAUGUUUUCGAGACUCUUUAUAAGAAAAUUCCCCAAGAACCAGAAGAUUGUUCCAAAUCCCUUAAAGCUGCCGACAAAGUGAAAAGAAGAGUUGGAAGUAUCUCAACCUCAGAGAGUUCUGACAGCGAAACGUCCUCAGAGGCUGAGGGGCCUUCAGAUCAGUUUGCCAUGCAGUUGGCUCAUCUAAAGGAGAAGCUGCAGGUUGUUCGCAGUCAGCUGAAGAAACUAACUCACGGACCGCGAUUAAAACCUAAGGGAAAAGAGAAGCUGAAAAAAGAAAAGAAACCUUGUAAAACGGUUAAUUCUCGACUAAAGAAAACUACUCCAAAGCCUCAAGCUGUUGGAGAAAAAAGCACUAAAAGCAAAAACACCGUUUUACAUGGAGACAAACCUCACGACUACAGGAAACCCAUGCAAUCAUUAGAGCCAGUCACUUACCUGGAGAUGAAGCAGCUACAGUCAGACAUAAACAAAGUUCCUAGCGACAGACUGUGUGAGAUGCUGAAGAUCAUUCAGAGCAGGGAGACCUGUCUGCAACACGCUACACUUGAGGAGGUUGAAGUUGAUUUUCAAAUGCUCAAGACUUCGACUCUGAGAGCCCUACAGAUGUUUGUUGCAUCAUGUGUCAAGGAACGCAAAAAUUGUGGAAGAGAGAAAAAACUGAAGGCCAAAGGAGGAAAGCAGACUGACAAAGUAAAGAAUGGUAGAAAACUAAAAAUUAUCGCCAAUGAAAAGCAGGUGCUUAUGAAGCAAAAGCCGCAAGUUGUGGCUUCACCUAAAGCCAGUAGCCAGUCCUUCCUCAGCAGCAGCUCAUCGUCCAGUAGCAUCAGCAGUUCCAGCGUCAGUACGUCUGAUAGCAGUGACUCUGAAUCAGUUUCUGAAAUACAGAAGCUUCAAGACUCUGGCCAAAAAGCUAAAAGAAAGUUUGUGGGUACAGAAAAUCGAUGCUCCCCAAUGGAGCAAAAGGCAGACCAGACCUGUGACGAGCGGAUUUCACCAGGUCUGUCGGCCCUCUUAUCCCCCCUGGUGUCUCCGAUAGUUCCUCCUGACUGGACUGCUGCCAGAUUUGAGGAUCCUGUGCUGUCUCCUCUCGGAGACAGUCCAUUGAAGACCAACAAAGAGACAAGAUACAUGAUGAGGCCAGAUUUCAGUUACCCUGAAGACCUUUGUGAUGGUCAGGUGACCAACGAGCCUCAUAACAACACUGUAAGUAAAUCAGCGAAAGGGGAAAUCCCUCUGAUUCCUAAAAAGGACGUUGUCCUAAAAAAUACUCAGUCUUGGGCAAAGCUGGUGAGGCAGUCGGUCAAUCCAGCUACAAUCAAGUCCUCCAAAGAGAGUUUCCAGCAGUUUCGUAAAGUGGCGAUGGAAAAGGAAGAACGGCAGAAAGCGCUGAACAAGAAACAGCUGGAUGAAAACAAAGAGACGGAGACUCCUGAAAAGAGCCUGUCGGGUCCAUGUAAAACAGAACCAGUUCCACAGCCUAUAGGAAAGGGAUCUGAUGUUUUGGACAGCCUGUUCCAAGAGGCUGCCUUGGACAUCCCCAAACCUAACGAGUGUUCUGCUAAUGAAACACAAUCCCAGUCAGCUGUGAACAAGGAGAGAGAAGCGGCCCGGAGAAAAGAGCAGGAACGCCGCAGGAGAGAGGCUAUGUCUGCUGUUGACAUGACCCUGCAGUGGAACAUAAUGAACAUGUUUGAGUCUAACCUGGAUUAAGGCAGCAGAAAUGGACCUGAAUUCCUGUUUUUCCCUAAUUGUGUUGUGUGAGCGGUUUCUGUCGCAAAAAGCCUGUGUGUGUGUGGGUGUGGGUGUGUGUGUUGCUGAAACUAGUAAAGAAAAAUGUGACUGGAGAAAGUGUUAGUAUUCAAAGGAUCCAGGCCUUUGAUUGGACUCUGUAUUAAAGCAUUUUAUGUAAGUGUCAGAAUUGCUUGGAGUUCACUUCUGUUUUAGGAGUUAUUGCACUUAAACACUGUUGGAUUCAGAUUUGUGCUGAUCUUCUUGCCACAGUAUUUGUUUCCUGAAUAUAAAGCAAGACGGAGACUAAGCAUGUUAAAGUCAGUUACGUGACCCUCCUGUGAUUUUUCUUUGUAACUAACUGUGAAUGAGUCCUUUGAGGGUUUCUACCUUGUCUUUUGCCGAAUGAUGUGGGGGAAAUGUUGCAUGAUGCUGGUUCUGUGUGCACCUGUCUUUGUUGCUCAGAUUUUUUUUAGUUGUUUAUAAUAUUAUUCAAAUGUUCUCCACACAUAUUUAUGUUGUUGCUUUUUUCUUACAGUAUAAUAAAUAUUUUCACUAAAGAACUGA